AUUACCUAUGUGGAAGAGCCACUUAGAAGUCAAGUUGCUCUGAGAUUAGUCAGGUAAGAUCGGAAGUACAUUGGAACAAUUUUUAAGGGUCAACUUGCUUGGAUCAGAGUAAUUUUAGGACAAGAUCUUUCUGCGUCCGCCUGCUCAAAUAUCAAUCUUUUCCAGCCACUAUUUCUUGCAGGAUAUUGUAAUCAGUGCAGUGCACGAAUAUAAAAAUGAUAAAUGAGAUUCCAUCAAUUCCCAAAAUGGAUGACUGCACCCGGAACCAAAAAAUCCCGAUGGCGAAGACGAACGCUUUAUUCGGAUCUCAUCCACAACUCUUUAUUUCUCAAACCGACAUCAUUCCUUCAAGAAUCAUUGCCCCCAGUCGGUUUCUCUAAUCUACCUAAUUGCUCUUUCUUUUCCAGUUAUUUUAAGACGAUGGACAAUACUUCUGACCCUGAAGCCUACUCCAAUAUUGGUGGUAGCCUUGUCGAUAACCAACAUGAGGCUGAAGGGUAUCUAGACGGUUUGACAUCUGGGAAGGGAUCUAAGGAGAUUGUAGAGGAUUUGUGUAGUAUUACUAUAGAGUCCGCUGUAGAAAAUGAGGAUAAUAUUAGUGAGGAGGAGAGAGGGAGGGAUGUGAUAGUCACUCCGAGAACGUAUCAACUAGAAAUGUUGGAGGAAAGUUUGAAAAGGAAUAUUAUCGUUGCGGUAAGUUUGCCUUAUAGUUUUAAUGGGGAUUUCAUGCUGAUGGUUGUAGAUGGACACAGGGAGUGGCAAGACACAUGUGUAGGUUCUUUCCUUUGGGACUCAAGUUGGAGCAAAUCGGAAAGGUCCAGUUCCUGCUGCAUUGCCCACUAGGUGUUUAAACCUACCUCGAGGGUUUUGAAUUGCAGUGAGAAGUGGUGUUCUAAUAUAAUUCACCGUCAUAAUUUUUUCCAAAGGCUGGUCGUAAUCUGACCAGUCGACUAUUUAGGGCUGUUCUACGAAUUCUAGCAGAACUCGAGCGGAUGGAGCCAGAUAAGGUGGGCAGAAAGUUCCAUCCUCUAUUUUUCCUUUCGCUAACUGUGAUGCUAUAGCUGAUAUGGUUUCUUGCCCCUACCGUUGCUCUCUGUACUCAGCAUAAUGAAUAUCUCCAGUUGAAUAUUUCCUCAGUUUUAGUUAAACUACUUGUUGGCUCUGAUGGCGUGGAUCGAUGGACAGAGCAGAGACAGUGGGAUGCGAUCUUGAAGGAUGUUAAGAUAGCCGUAUCUCCGUACCAAGUUCUUCUAGAUGCCCUUACACAUGGAUUUGUACGCAUGGAGCGUCUCUCAUUGAUCAUUUUCGACGAAGGUGAGUAUCAUAAAUCAAAAACCCGAUAAAAAAUAAAAAUUUCUCAAACUUUACUAACAGCGAUAGCACACAAUUGUCUAAACAAAGCUCCAGGGGCUAAGAUUAUGACAUCUUUCUAUCAUCCAUAUAAAUCAAUAUCCCCACUUCCUCACAUUCUAGGCCUUUCGGCCAGCCCUGUUAUGAGAUCCGAUCCACAAUCUUUGAGCUUGGUCGAAGAGACAUUGGAUGCCGUUUGCCGCACGCCAAAAAUACACCAAGCAGAUCUUCGACUUCGAGUAAAGUUGCCUGUCCUAUCCAUUAUCGAAUACAGUCCGGAGCCUGAAUAUCUCAUAACAAAAACCGUUGCAAGCCUUGGAAAGGUUAUAACAGACCUCAACAUUUCUGAAGACCCGUAUGUCUUGGCACUCAAGAGCAGUGGUAGCGAAAAAAGUCAGAGAGAACUAGCAAAAUUACUCAGCAACUACAAAACAAAUAGUCAGAAAGAACUGAGGUUGAUCUAUAACACUAGUAAGACUAUUCUUGUUGAGCUAGGCUCGUGGGCCGCAGAUUAUUAUGUCUCAGCAGUGGUAACAAAAUAUCUGAAAGCAAUGAAAGCAAGAGAUGUCUUUGCGGUUAUGGAUUUAGCUGCUACCGAAAGAGUCUACAUUGCUAAGGCUCUUAAGCAAGUCGAAAUCUCGCCAUCUGUUUUUUCAGUCACAGAUAAAACUUCUAAUAAAGUUGCAAAGCUACUAAAGACAAUCUUGCAGCAAGAGCCCCCAUUUUCCGCUAUCAUAUUUGUCGAAGAAAGAGCUACAGUCUUCGUACUAGCCCAUCUGUUGUCACAUCAUCCAUUAACAAAAGAGCGUUUUAAAAUUGGAACCAUGGUUGGUUCAUCGUCAAACAGCAAGCGCACACAGAUCGUAGGGGAGCUUGUUGAUCUAGAUGAACAAAAAGACACUUUAUCGCGCUUCAAGCUUGGAAAGAUCGAUAUUCUCAUCGCUACAAAUGUAUUGGAAGAGGGAAUUGAUGUUCGUGCGUGCAACCUAGUAAUAUGCUUUAGGUAAGCUUGAUGACUUUUGUAGUUUUGCCAGUCCAGAUGUCAAUAUCUGUGUGAAUUCUGCAUUUUUGCAUCAUCUUCAAUUUCCCCAUGAAGCUUUGAAAGUAUUCCUUGAUAGGCGAUCACUAACCCCCUAUGCUAUAGCAAACCAUCAAAUCUCAAAUCAUUCAUACAAAGACGAGGGCGAGCGAGGCAGCAAGAUUCUAAAUUGAUUCUUCUUGAUUCUCCAGGUGGUAAGGUAAUUGAUUGGCAUGAACUUGAAAGAAACAUGCGAAAGAUGUAUGAAGACGAAAUGCGGGAACUACAACACAUUUUCGAAAUUGAGAAUGUCGAUGAACAGUCAGAAGAUGGCAGAUUCUUGCGAAUAGAAAGUACCGGUGCUCGGUUGGACCUUGACAACGCUGUAGCACAUCUAUAUCAUUUCUGUUCAGUGUUGACGGCAAAAGAUUUUGUUGAUCUCAGACCAGACUUUGUUUACUCCUUUGAUUUAGGCACUGAUUUUGUUCGGGCAAAAGUGAUCCUUCCAUUAUCAGUUCCUGAAACUUUUCGAGUUCAUGAGAGCCGUGGAGUCUGGUUAAGCGAGAAAGGGGCUGCAAAGGAUGCAGCAUUCGAGGCUUAUGUUGCCUUACAUAAGGGAGGCUUGGUUAAUGAUAAUUUAUUGCCCCUCAUGGUACACGACAAGGUCAUUGAUGAGUUGACUUCAAAGCCCGUGGAUACACGGGCAUCUCUGCUGGAGGUCAAGGAGAGAUUGGAUCCUUGGCUUGACGUUGCCAGGGCAUGGCAAGAGGCAAAAAAUAAUCCCGGAAUUGUUCGUACAUCUGUUAUGAGUCUGGAUGAUUUAAAGAUGGAGCUCUGCCUUCCAAUCGAGCCACCACCAAUUCCGCCCUUAACACUUCACUGGGACUCCAGCACAAAGUUCUCUGUCGAGUUUACAAACGAUACUGAAAUAGGAACCACCGAGGACAUGAUAUCACGGGCAUUAAAAGAUACCCAUUUACUCUUAUCUGGUGCUUUUAGUCGUAGAUUUGAUAUCUUUUCACGCCGAACAGUUGUGCAGUUCAUUACAAAUCGAGCUCCAGCGUCACUCAGUUUAGAUUGCAUGACGGUUCCCCCCGAUGAGCCUUCCCAGAUUACUGGAUUCAUCAGAGAAUUCGGUAAAUUGGCCCAGCCCUAUAUCUUUAAAAAAUGGUUGCCCAGCAAGCCACCGGUCAACGAAGUCCAGCACCCUUAUCUGGACUAUCCAAAUGCGCCGGAAAAUGUACCGUAUCUGGCUUUAAUUCCAGUUAUGCGUCGUACGGAUUUUUUGCACAAGGUGGAAACCCAAAGUUCUUCGUCUUCCAAACAAUUCUCAUGUGUCUUACCAGCUUCAGUAUGCGUGCAAGAUGCAAUGCCUUUCCAGUUAGUGCAGUUCGGCAUGAUGAUACCUUCUAUCACACAUCACAUUGAGGUACAACUUAUCGUCGAUCGUCUACGAAAAACUAUCCUCAAGGAUCUCGAGAUCAGCGAUCGAAGCCUUGUUCAAACAGCUAUCACACAUGCCAGUUACUCGUUGACCUCAAAUUAUCAGCGUCUAGAAUUUUUGGGCGACUCAAUACUAAAGUUAUGUACAUCAGUACAACUAGUUUCAGAAUAUCCUCUUUGGCCUGAAGGAUAUCUGUCGGCUAUGAAAGAUCGCAUCGUUUCUAACUCGCGCUCAUCAAGAGCGGCGGUAGAGCUUGGUUUGGAUGAGUAUAUAAUCACCAAGAAAUUUACAGGUUCCAAAUGGCGUCCGAUGUAUGUCGAAGAUUACUUGAAAAUCACAGAGCAAAAAAGAAGAGAGAUGUCUUCCAAAGUUCUCUCUGAUGUCGUUGAAGCACUCAUUGGCGCAUGCAUGGUUGAUGGUGGUAUCCCCAAAGCUCUCAAAUCUUUGCAACUGUUUUUCCCAGAACUCAACUGGCUAGCUCUCGAAACGCGACAAAUGUCACUUUAUCAACGAGCACCAGAUGAUCUCCACUUACCCAUCGCACUAAGGCCCAUCGAACAAAUCCUCGCAUAUACAUUCACCAAAAAAUCGCUCCUCGUCGAAGCCAUGACACACCCGUCUUACAUCAGCGGCACGCAAUCACUCGAACGUCUUGAAUUUCUCGGCGAUGCCAUCCUAGACAAUAUCAUCGUCACAGCCAUGUGGUCUCAUGAGACCGAGCUUUCACAUUUCCAAAUGCAUCUCUUGCGUUCCGCCCUCGUAAAUGCAGAUUUCCUCGCAUUUCUUUGCAUGGAAAUGAGUAUCGAACAAGACGUGAUCGAUCUCACCGAAGGAAAAGAUCACAAAAUCCACGAAACGCACACUGGACGUCGUUUUUCCCUGGUGAAUUUUCUCCGUCAUUCAAGUACCACUUUUUCCAUCUAUCAAAAACAAGCUCUAGCUCGACAUCAGGAACUUCGUGAAGAGAUCCUUGCGGUCAUUAAAACGGGGGAUAAAUUUCCUUGGACUUUAUUAUCAAGAUUAGAUGCGCGAAAGUUCUUUUCGGAUAUGAUUGAGAGUUUACUUGGGGCGAUAUGGAUCGAUAGUGGAUCGUUAGAUGCAUGUACGAAACUUGUAGAGAGGAUGGGCAUAUUGAGAUAUAUGAGGAGGAUUUUGAGAGAAGGAGUUAGGAUUAUGCAUCCGAAGGAGGAAUUGGGGAUAUUGGCGGAUUCCGAGGAUGUUAAGUAUGUUCUGUGGAAUAGGAGGAUGGGUUGUGAGGAUGAGAAGGAUGAGAAGGAUGAGAAAGAUAAUAGAACGGAAGGAGAAGAGAAGAGCGGUACAGAGUAUUUAUGUAAGGUGUUUAUUGGGGGGAGGGAAAUUGUAGAAGUGGGUGGUGGGGUUAGGAAGGAGGAGAUUCAGGCGAGGGCUGCGGAGGCGGCGAUGGAGAUUUUGAGGGGGAGGGCUAGAGAAGUGGGAUAUGAAGGGGAUAAAGGGAGAUGACAGGGGAAGAGAAAGAGAAUUGAUGAGGGAGUGAGGUUAUAGACGCACAAGAAGGAGCAUCGGAGGGUGAUAAGAUGGUUGUUGAUUAGUUAUUUGGAUAUAUAUACUUUUAACGUCUUAUGAUGAAUGAUUUACUUUUUUUUUAUAUAUAAUAUAAACCAAUUAUUGAUACAUGUCUAGUACUCCUAGCAUUUAUAAUAUAGCGAAUCA